CCCGUUCAUCGAUCCCAACUCCCAAGCAUAUAAAAGCGAGGCCGGCUAUUGUUGUCUCUUGUCGGAGCUCCAUUUCUUGGAUUUUCCUUGCCGGCCUCUCGCCGCCGAGUUCCGACCAAUCCCAUAUGUGCCCAUUUAGCUCUUCACAGCAGAUCUGCGGCGUCGUGACGCCGCCUUCUCCAUCGUUGAUCCAGAACGGACUCGACGAACCGAUUAAUCAUCCCGAGUCACGAUCACGACCUCGCGUGACGCAGCCAUGGCGGUCAUGGACCACGACAACGGUUCUGCGCGCGCACCGGCACCGGCGCCGAGGAGUCAGCCCUCGUACUCCUGCAGCGGCGGCAGCGUCGAGACCACUCACGACCACAAGCUUUCCCACUCCGACUCCUUCUGGACGCCGGCCGAAUCGCUGCGGUCGUCGUCCGCUUCGUCGUCGUCCUCACCUCUAUCCAGCAGCUCGUCGUGCGAGAGCAUUCCCGCACUCGACCUUGACCGGCACUCGUCCUUGUCCUCCACAUCCUCCUACGAGAGCUUGCACCACGUCGAGGCGGCGGCGGACCACGACUAUUCUUCCUCUCCCGACGAGUUCAUGCCGGCAACGCUGCCGCCGGCAGUCCAGACGAUGAUGGCGCAGGGGCAGCCCGCUGGGUACGACCCGAAGAGGCUCCCUUCAUCGAUGUUCCGCACGCAAUCCACGUGCCCCGCCCAAUGGAGCGCCACCUCGAACGACCAGCUGUUCAGCAUCCAGCUGGAAAACUCCGGCGGGGACGGCCCGCUUUACCUUGUCGGCGACCUCUACUACGACGACGCUGGGGUGUUCCACCGCGUCUCAACCGUCGCGAGGGUGCCGGCCGUCCCAGAGAUGUCGACAGGAAACUCCAGCCGGAGUUUGUGCGUGAGGGAUGACUGCGCGGGGUGCAGAACAAGCAUGAACAAGAAGUCCGUCAGGUUCGCCACCGCCGAUGGCGUCGCCGGCCCGCGCAGUCUUCCGGCCGCGUUGGAGGAGACGGACGCAUCGGCGGCGGAAACUGGCGCGGCGGCGGAGGCUUGUUGGUGCUGUUGGCCGUCGAUGUGGUGGCCAAGCUGCGCGUGCCGCGGAUGCGACUGCCGAUGGUCCUGAAUUUGGAAUGGGUAGGGAAGUUUGGACAUGUCGAAUCCAUUGAACUCCAUGUUGUCGAUCGGCUGUGGAAGGGUGCACAUAGAUUGCUAGGCGUCUUGGCGUGUUCUUACGUUCUAAUAAAAGAAUUUGCGAGUUGCGGCAAGGAAACAAAACACAAAUGCUGC